UCAUUGGCUGCGUGCGGGCGGGGGCGUGUCUCCGCUCCGUUCCAAUGGCGGCCUCCUGCCUGCCGCGGCCCUGCUGGCUGUUGGCGGCGGCGUCUCUGGCGGUGGCGCUGGGGCUCUACUACGCCGGGGGCCCCUCCUCGUGGGAAGCCGCUCCUCCUCCUCCUCGUUCUCCGCCGCGGGAGCUGCACGUGGGCUCGGUGCUGGCGCGGGCGGAGGGCCGCGCGGGGCUGGUGUGGCGGGCCGGGGCGGCGCUGCGCUCGCUGGCCGGGGCGGGGGCUCCGCGCCCGGGCACCGCCCUCGUCCUCCACCUCCUCACCGACGCCCAGAGCAGGGCCGCCGCCGAGCAGCUCGCCCGCCAGGCCCUCCACGGAGCCCCCUUCCCGCACAAGGUGGUCUUCCAUGACGUGGAGCCGCUGGUGGAGAGGCUGCUCCCGGUCAUCGGCCCCAUGCAGGAGCUCUUCAGCGCCGGCGCAGGCACCUACUACAGCGACGCCAUCUUCUUCCUCUCGGUCGCCAUGCACCGCAUCAUGCCCGCAGAGAUCUCCCGGCUGAUCCUGGUGGACCUGGACGUGGAGUACCGGGCCAGCAUCCAGGAGCUCUUUGAGGAGUUCGACCGCUUCCCCGAAGGAGCCGUCAUCGGCAUCGCCCACGAGAUGCAGCCCGUCUACAGGCACCUGUUCUGGCAGUUCCGGAAGGAGCACCCGGGGACGCGUGUGGGGGACCCCCCUCCGGAGGGGCUUCCCGGCUUCAACAGCGGGGUGCUGCUGCUGGACCUGCCGGCCAUGCGGGCCUCGGGGCUGUACAACGGCCUGCUGGAGGAGGGCCCGCUCCGUGCGCUGGCCCAGCGGUUCCGCUUCCGGGGCCACCUGGGCGACCAGGACUUCUUCACGCUGGCCGGCAUGGAGCACCCGGGCCUCUUCCACCGCCUGCCCUGCGCCUGGAACCGCCAGCUCUGCACCUGGUGGCGCCUCCACGGCUACCAGGACGUCUUCGAGCACUACUUCCGCUGCGACCAGGCGCCCGUCAAGCUCUUCCACGGCAACUGCAACACCCCCAUCCCCCAGGAGGAGCCCCCACGGGGGGCGGGGGGCGGGGGGUGACUGACCCCGAGGGCAACGGGGGAGGGCAGGCGUAGGCACGGGUCAGGACGGCCCCUCCCGCCGGACACUGGCGCAGUGCAGGACAAUGGGACCACCAAAGGGGCAAGCGCUUCCCCUCUCCGUCUGUCCAUCCGUCCAUCCGGCUGCUGGACGUCACUCCGCCAGGAAGCAGCCGUUUCCUCUGAGGAAUCCUGGCAGAAAGAGAGAGAGUGGGGGGGAGGAUGGUCCCCUGGGGACUACUGGGGAGGGGGACAUUCUUCCUGGCGAAAGGGAUGAUCCACGUUCAGGGGCUUCUCUCCCAAGGGAUGCCUCAUGAAGCCAGCCUGGAGCUGAAGCCCCCUCCCCAUACCCACCCUCUUGGCGUCCGGCUGGAGCUGGGUCUUUGGGGCCAGACUCUGAGAGAGGACAGAAGGCCGGCCUGGCAAGGAAGAGAGAGGCAGGACCACAGGCCUUUGGAGCAAACUCUGGAGCUGGAAAUAAAGCAUCUUUGGGCCGGUGGCCUUUGUCUUUGCGGAGGAGCCUCUUUGCCCCGCCUGCUUUGGGAGCCGGAUCCCGCCUUGGACUGGUCCUCGCCCUUGGGACCAGUGGGCUGAAGCAGAGGGGUCCGCCCUGGCUCUGGGAUCCCCCUAAGGGGUCGCCUUCCGCCCUGGACCCCAGAAGGGUCAGUGGGGUCAGAGGGGCCUGUCCCCUUUGGAUGCCGGCCUGCGGACUCUGAGGACCCGGCUCAGAGUUCAGCAGGUGCAGAGAGGGGCCAAAGCCAAGGGGCAGGGGGCAUUGUAUUGUAUUGUUCUGGGCAUGGCCCCGUGUAAACCGCCCCGAGUCCCCGUUGGGGAGAUGGUGGCGGGGUAUAAAUAAAGUUUUAUUAUUAUUAUUA